AUGAACGUUGCUGUGAAUAUAGACGCUAAAUUACAGUCUAUUCACGACCUCGACUUAGAGGAUGACGAGGACUUCAAGACGCCUCGCGAGUUUCUCCUCACAGAUUUGGCAUCGCCCACAACUGUUUCGUCAGAGCUGCACUGGCACCACUCUAUCACUACCCAAGACGCGCACGCUGUUCUUGCAGAGCUCUGCGUGCUCUACCUGAACUUCUUUAACUCCAACGUUAGUCUACCUACAGAGGCGAAUGAGGAAGCCGGCCACUCUGUCGAUAGACACGCCUUCUUAGAUUACUCGGCCCAAACUUGGGGCGCUCACUUCCGUGAGGCUGGUAUAAACGAUGAUGCUGCCAUUAUACCUUUCGCUCUGAGAAUUUGUGAUCCGGAAUCGAAGAGCUAUUUAGUAUGGUUUAGAAUUUAUUGGAAGACUACAAGUAUGGAGACUACUGAGUAUUUUACAGAUCUCAUGGUCACGUCUUACUAUGGCCAUCAUGUGGUCGUCAACCUGCUGCUCGAGAAGGGGGCCGACGUCGAGGCCAAGGACAGCGGGUAUAAUCGGACGCCGCUCUCGUGGGCGGCCGAGAAGGGGCGCGACGCUGUCGUCAAGCUGCUACUCGAGAAGGGUGCCGACGUUGAGGCCAAGGACAGCGGGUAUCGAACGCCGCUCUCGCGGGCCGCCGGUAAUGGGCGUGCGGCCGUCGUCAAGCUGCUGCUUGAGAAGGGCGCUGACGUCGAGACUAAGGACGGCAGGUAUGAUCAUCGGACGCCGCUCUCGCGGGCUGCUGAUAAUGGGCACGAGGCCAUCGUCAAGCUGCUGCUCGAGAAGGGCGCCAACAUCGAGGCCAAGGACGGAUUGGGUCAGACGCCGCUAUGGCGGGCCGCCGAGUGUGGGCACGAGGCCGUCGUCAAGCUGCUGCUCGUUGAGAAGGGUGCUAGCGUUACAGUUGCAACUAAAGACGGGCGGACGCCAUUGCAUUUGGCAUCACGAAAUGGACACAUCGAGGUGGUCAAGCUGUUGCUAACAACACAAGUUCACGAUGAUCGUGAUUCUUGCCUCAUUUUGUGA